AGUGCCUCAUCGGAGGAGUUUAGCAGAAAAAUGCUUUCCCAUCUGAGGCCCAGUCAGUUCUGUUUUUGCGCGCGAUUAGGACGGUUUGCUUAGGAAAAGUGGUGAGCUCUUGAAGUGUGUAGUUUAGAGGGACCGCUAGUAGCAGUCGAACGACUUCGUCGGGUAAAGUGUACGCGAUUUUUGUGCAGUUUCGUCCUAAGGUCAGUGGACCCUUUGUGCCUCAAUCACAACAAUCCAAAUGUUAACGAACCGUACCGGUUGAUCCCAUCAAACACGCGCACGCUAGAAUCCAUUUGUUGCAUCCAUCUCUGCAUAGAACGAUCCAAAAAUCCGGCAAAACGUGACGAGACUAAUCGUAGCUGAUAUUUCCGAUUCCAUCGUAGUAUGGAUCUACCGAUAUUAGCGCAGGUGGAGAGCAUUGCGAAUCGUUUCCAUUCUCUGAAAUCGUCAGUCGGCAAUGAUGAAGCAACGAAUGCCGCUGCGAUCAAGAGCAGCAAGGCCAUGGGCAAAACCGAUCUGAACAACAACGAGGAAGAUGGGGACAAGGUCUCUGUGGAGGAGGAAUUCGGUGAGACGUACGAGAUCCGUCCGUUCUACGAGGGCAAGAACAUCUUCGUGACCGGAGGAACAGGAUUCCUUGGGAAGGUGCUGAUCGAGAAGCUACUGCGUAGUUGCGAUGGGAUCAAGCACAUCUACAUCCUGCUGAGACCAAAGCGUGGGUUGACGAGCGAACAGCGAUACCGGGAGUUCAUCAAGCACCCGGCCUUUGAUCGACUGCGGGCGAAGGCUCCGUACGUGCUGGAGAAGAUGGUCUGCAUCGGGGGCGACAUCACGAUGCCGCAGCUGGGACUGUCCGAGAUGGACCGGCAGCUGCUGGUGGAGAACGUGAACAUCGUGUUCCACGUGGCCGCUACGGUGCGGUUCAACGAAGGGCUGAAGGAAGCUGCGGUGUUGAACGCCAUCGGAACGCAGCGGAUACUGGAUUUGUGCGUGAAGAUGUUUAAUUUGCAGAGCGUAGUGCACGUCUCGACCGCCUACAGUAACCCGAGCAGGCGCGAAAUCGACGAAGUGGUCUACCCGCCGACGAUGAAUGCCGACUCGUUCAUCCAGUGCGUCAACAUCCUGCCCGGGGAUGUGAUCAAUGCACUGUCCGAGAAGCUGCAGGGAAGCCAUCCGAAUACGUACACGCUGACCAAGUCGAUUGCCGAACAGCUGGUAUCGGAGUACAGCAGCCAGCUGCCGAUCUGUAUCGUGCGGCCGUCGAUUGUGACCGGAUCGGUGAAGGAACCGUACCCGGGAUGGGUGGAUAACGUUUACGGGAUUACAGGUAUCAUGAUGGAGAUCGGACGAGGAACUAUCAGCAGCAUUAUGUGCGACCAGGACUGCGUGAUGGACGUCAUUCCAGUGGACAUCGUCUGCAAUACCCUGAUUGCGGCCGCUUGGGAAAACGCUAUGACCAUGUCCAAUCCAAUCCGGGUGUACAACUGCACGUCCGGUCCGAUCAAUCCGAUCAAGUGGUACAAAUACGGCGAAAUCACCCAAAAAUGGGCCAUCAAGAACCCGACCAAGUACGUGAUGCUCUACCCGGGUUUCCAGUACCGAACGAACCGGAUCAUCCACAAGAUCGUCGAACUGUUCCUGCACUUUCUGCCGGCGUACCUCUUCGACAUCGUGAUGCGAAUGCAAGGAUCGAAACCCAUCAUGGCGAAGAUUGCGAAACGGUUCCAGAAGGCCGCUGACACCGGGGAGUUCUUUGCCAUGCACCAGUGGGAUUUUAAGAGCGACAAUAUGAAGCAAUUGAUGCGGAAGGUUCAGCGGGCCAAGGAUGGGGAGGAAUUUGAUUUCGAUAUGACCAACAUGAGCUGGGAUUCGUACCUGGAGCAGUACAUGCUUGGGAUUCGGAAGUUUGUGCUCAAGGAUGACCUGGAUAGUAUGGCGAAGGCCCGGCGGAAGAUUCGACAGCUGUAUUGGAUACGAGUGUUUCUGAUGAUGGCCGUACUGUAUCUAGUGUAUCACUUUUUCUUGAAGAGGAUAUUUUUCUGAACGGAACACGGUCGUCUAGAUUCGGAAGCCAAUCUAAAACGACUAGUUCUGUUGUUGAACGAUUUUAUUAUUGAUAGAUAUAUAGUUAAGAGUGAGAAAAAUAGCAUAUCAUUAAAAAAUAAGAGUUUUCUUUUGCACAGUGUCAAUUUGAAUGAAAUGAUUUGAAUGACAAUUUUGUAGAUUAGGCCAAAUACACAUUUUAUGUGGAAAUAUUUUUAUAUCUUUUUAUACGAUUCCUUUCGUACCGUGUACAUCAUACCAAACUAUGUCAACAUUCAUAUGAAACACAAAACCACCAAAUCAUGCUUAAAAACUCUAGCUUUUUACUUUGCUCUUCAUACUUCUUGUGUCACAUUCCAUCUUCUUUUUUUUUCUAUCCGUCUAAUAAUUUCUAUCUUGUUGAUUUUGCAUUACGAGCUAUCUUACGAAUCAUUGACUUUUUGCUUUCCUGGAAAGACUUCUUUCUUUUGGGGAUCCCUCAGGAGCUCCUCCAGAAGUUCUUUGUGGGUUUUUCAGGAAUAACUUUUGGUAUUCCUCCAGAUAUUUAACCUGGGAUUCUUCAAGAGGGUUCUUCUACUGUACCUUGUUUGACUGUAAAGAUCUGGUGGUGCUCAGCCGAGUGGUUCUGGUGAUACGUGUAUUGAUAAUUCGGCACAUUUCCGAGGUACUAUUUCAGUUGCUUCAGCAUGUACCGGGGGUACACCUUGUAAACGGAUUGACAUAAUGUUAUUCUCCGAUACUCCUCAGGACUUGAUGGACGCGGUAUCUUUGGUAAGGAUAUCUGCAAUGUUCGAAUCAUUUCUCGGAGGGGUACUUGGUUGUUGUUCCAGAAUAUCCGCAGUAGUUGAUGAAUCACUCGAUGCAGCUCUGUGUUGCCGUAGAAAAGACAUCGAAACUGUCCUUUCAACGUUCCCUAACGUACGCCCUGAAUUCGGGGGCGGUGGCUUAGGUUCAGGAAGGAGGCGUAUUUCGGAAACAUUUGCGCCGGACAUCAAUAUCGAUUCUCAGGUUUGAAUUGAUAUGCAGUGAGGCUUUUUGCGAUUGUUGCGGCGUUGAUGUUGUCGUAGAUAUCGGUACGUCAUGCGAAUGCGAUCCUGCGGAGGAAAAUUUUCCAAAUUAACGAAGAAUGCACGCACUUGCUUCUCCUGAUGUUCCUAUUUAGUAAGCCAUUGCUUGGAAUAGCCUUCUCUGCGAAUUCUCGGUGGUAUCGCGAUUUUUCAAGCGAAUCUGCUGUUAGUAGACUGACUUGUAUUGUAUCGGAAGUCGGAGUUGUUGAUGUGAUAGUAUCACGAGGGAUUGAAUUAUUUUGAGCCUUGCGGGGCUUGCAGUGCAUAACCAGUCAGUGCACGAUGAUCCGUGACAUUUGUGUCAUCUUCUACACGGAAACACUGUGGUCGAUAAGAACUGCGGAUGACAGGCAUGGCUAUGUGAUCAAUCUACGAUCGGUGAUCACCGCGACUCCAUGUGUCUGGUAAGAUCCGAAGGAGCUGCAGUCAGUAGUCUUUCAGCUGGAGCAACUCUUUUAAUGCUUCACCGUUGGGAUUACUUUGAAGAUGGUCCAAUAUAUAAUCACCAAUAUUUCCAAAUCACAUUUUUUUUUCUAAAUUUGUUUGAGUCAACAAAUAAUUUCCUUCGCAGUACUACUGGUAUUUCUGCAGUUGAAUAUGUCUAAUAAUUUAUCAAAAAUAGGGAAAACGCAAAAGUUCUUAAUGCAGCCAACGGUAGAUCACCAACUUCAACUUAAUAUUCUAUUCCAGCAGCCACCGACUUACUUAAUGUGCUAGUAGCUUGUGCCACGUUCAUUGCUACAAAAGAAGCCUGGUUUAUGAACUUUUCUUUUAGCUUUGGAACGAGCCGUGACGUGGAUGAACAAUCUACCUCUUUAAGCUAUCUGAUGUGUUUGAAUGAUGAUAAUGCACCUUUGAAUACGACAUUAUGCUUCAUCAACAUUCACGUUUUUUGUUGUAGAGUCAUCAAAAGUGAUCAUUUGUUUCUUGUCUAAAGGUGUGAUUCCAGAAACCAUCACCACAACUGCUUCCGUGGCUAGUAUCAUAGGAUUAUUUGUCUCAUAUUUUUGCUGUGUACCACAGUCAGGGAAGCCGCGUUAUAUGACAAAUCGGGCUUCACAGCCAUGCCUUCGGUACAAAUUGAAACAGUCUUUGCCUUCAUGGAAGAGUUUAUCAAUUUAGAACUAAAUCGAUUUAAAAUUGGUUCGUUCAGGCCGGAAUUCAUGUUGAUAUCGGAAUUCCAUCGAUUGAGUGACAUUUUGCUUGGAAGUUGCGUGACACUAGAACGUUGAACAAAUCGGUAAGUUGCAGGUCCUGCUAGAUAUGCAAACUUUUUCGUAGGCUUAACGAUCCUCCGACCUUUAGUCUCCGCGUGGAGUUUAAUAGGCUGUUAUGGAGUACUGGAUUUCCAUUAACAACAUUACAUACAACUUUUAGAAAGUCUGGUAUCGAACCUCAUUUCCGGUAACAAAAAACUGCGAAACGAAGACUGAAGGUGGUAGUGCAUAUGACUGGUCAUGUUUCCUGGAUGCAUGCCACAGCGAUUUUGCUGGCGUUUAGGAAUUGGUUAACGUAGUCUCUGUCGAAUGGUUAGCAGCAACCGGACGCAUUCCUGGUUGUCGUCAUGAAGAUGCAUUCGGAUAACCUCUCUGACUGAGGAUCAGCAGAUGUGCUCGUGCUGUGUUGGGAUGCAUUGUAGCGUUGGGGGAUUACGCUGGAUAUUCUUCACAUGCGAGCGAAGCAGUGGAUCCGAUCAAGGAGCUGUAGCCCCAGGUAGAUUAUUCCGUUUUGGUAUGACUCUGCAACCAUAGGUAAUCCUUGCACUGAUGGUGGAUACUCAAUCAUCUUCAUGAUCCAAUUCCACCGUUGUUUCGAAUCCGACUAAAUUUUAUAUUUGUCCGUCUGGUCUCACGUCAAACUCAAGAAUUCCAAAAAGGCGGAUUUUCUUCCCUUCCUCAAUCACUUUCACGCUUUUCGAUGCCUGGAAAUUGCUUACCUGCUCUUCAACAUACAUAUGCCCUAAAAAUAGAUAAUAAAGGUUUUGAAAUUACUACGAUUCGCAUUGCUUUUCUAAUAAACAUACUAAUUUUUUGUAAGAUGUUGUAUCGCUCAGUUAAGUAAGCAUUCCUUCCGCUUUCCGAAAGAUUCUGCCUAGCCUACCAAAGAAUUAGAAAUAAGUUUGAAUUUUCGACGAUUUUCCAAAAACAACACGAAAUUCGUAUCUGAGAGUGUAACGCCUAACUGCCAGAUACCACAGAGAACAGACAUCCAAGUCCAGUUCCGAAACUGUGUAAGGAAUUUAACGGCCAUUUCAAAUCGGCAACACAAGUGGCAACAUCGUGGCGCUGCAAUCGGUUAAUUUCCCAUACUAAUUAAAUUCACCACUUGAAAUGUUUCAAUUCAUGUGGCAAUAUGGUGUUUGGUGGCGUUAGUGUUUUCAUCGUGUAUUGGUUUGCAACCUUACUCAAGUGAAGAUUCAAAUCCUUACACAACUUUCUGAAUGAAAUUUGUUCUAGCCUGGAUGUCUGUUCUCUGUGCAGAUACUCAUAGAACAAGUUUCGAAGUCUAUCCGAAAUAUUUCAAGUUUGAACUCAUACAAACUUCUUCAUGAAAAAUAAUUCAUCUAAGGAAAAUUCAUAUUACACAUACUGAAAGGAUUUGUCAUCUAAAUAAAAACGAAUCUGUCAUUCUUGUUUAACAGUUUAAUUCUGAUGGCUAGCUGAUAGGGAAUACGAUAGCUUAACCUACGAGGAAUUUGGAAUCCUAAUACGCGCACAAAGGCUUACAAUCUCAAUUAAGGUGUUAUUAUUUUAUGGCAAUCGUUUUAAACAAAUAAGCAUAUGCUUUUGGUGAUAAUACUGCCAGCCAAUAGGCAGAAAUAAUUCAAAUCAUGUUGGUACAGUAGACGUUCGAUAAUUGCAAAUGCUUCCACUGCGAUGCUGCAAUAGGUAAAGGCUUUGCGUCAGCCGCCAACGCAGUCGCGAUUAAUUUGCAGUUUCUCUCUUUUUCCAGUAGACGUUCGCUCGGUGCCAACGGUUUAACUGCAAGUCCGAUAAGUGCAACAAUUUUGCAGUUAUCGCACCGCUAUGUGUCAAAAACAAAACGUCAACAGGUUUGUGAUGUUUUUGGAUGCACUACAGCUGCAUUGCGAUGUUUUUGAGUGCAUUCUGGCUGCGUCCAACAGCGAUUGACAACUGUUUGACAGCUGUCAAUCGUUGCAGUUAGCGAACUUCAUUCGGUAACUGAAACGUAAACAUGUUGCACUUAUCGAACGUCUACUGUAUAAGCAUGUUGUAUUCUUCGAACGUCUCUUAUAUACAAUGAGAUUCUUUAAAUUGAAUUGAAAGCAGGCACGAAAGACGUUUGAUAAGCACAAACGCUGCAACCACAGCGAAUGUUAUGAUGCUAGUACACAGAGUUAAAUGUUUGAUCAGAAACAACCCAAUAAUGCUCAAUCAUCUGGUUUGAUUCGAUCGAAUUUUCAUUAGUGUCAAACAGGUGUAUAUUCUUCAGUUCAUUCCUUGUCAAAUAUUUAACCCUAUGUACUCGAUGCCUUAGCGGCAGCAGCCAUACCCAUAAACACCCACAAUGAAUGCUAGAUACGAUAGACGUUCGACAAACUCUUCAUUACACUAACAAAGCUAGCCAUGGAAAUGUUUGACAUUUCUCAGUUUAUUUUGACAGACCACACACAUGCACGAAUCAGACGGAUCACAUAUUCUACAGUAGACGUUCGAUAAGUGCAACAUGUUUACGUUUUAGUUACCGAAUGAAAUUCGCUAGCUGCAACGACUGACAGCCGUCAAACAGUUGUCAAUUGCUGUUUGACGCAGCCAAAAUGCACGCAAAAACAUCGCAAUGCAGCUGUAGUGCAUCCGAUAAACAUCGGAACUCAGUUGACGUUUUGCUUUUGACAGAUAGCGGUGCGAUAACUGCAAAAUUGUUGCAGUAAAACCGUUUGCACCGAGCGAACGUCUACUGUACGUUAUCGAACUUGUUGCCGUCUUUUUCAUGUUCAUGUUAAAUCUGUCAAAAUGACCUGGAAGCUGUCAGUCAUUUUGAGGUUAGGUUCGUUGGAGUAAUAAAGAAUGCAAAAUGUUAACGUUUCACUUACCGAAUAAAAUUCGGCAACUGCAACAACUGACAGACCUUAACGAACUGACAGUUACCGCUGGAUGUAGUCAUUGUGCGUUCGGAAAACAUCGCACUACAGCAAAAGCGCAUGCAAGCAGGCUUGAUAAUCCUCCUCGAAAUCAAAAGAGUUUUGCAACAUGCUCUAGAGCGGUGUUUUGCUUUUGCCUCGUCGCGAGGGAGCGAACGAACCCCAAACAGAGAGGCAAUUAAAACUGAGCGAGGAAGAGGGGAACGAAAAAAGAGCCGAUGAUUAUUUCGGGUUUUUGAGUGCGAUUUUCGCCUCGAGAGUCUUUCUCUGUAUGGGAGUGGAACUCGCGAGAGCUUUUUGAGUGUGAGUGGGCGUGAGAAACACAACAAGCAAUUAUGAGUGUUGGACGAACUCCUCGCUGCGCGGCAAGCUCGCGCUCGGUGCUGUUGAGGAUUUGCGUUGGGAUUUCUGAGUUUUAUUUUCACUCCUCAGAAAAUCGCCGAAAUCGCUUCCUCAUUUUCUCGCGAGGGAGUUUCUGUCAAGCCUGCAUGCAAGUAGGAAUGAAUUAUUUCUGCCAAAUUUCUUAGCUCCCGUUCUCCUUAAAUAUAAAAUUGCAAGAUCCUAUACUUAGUAUCGAUCACCAGCGCUAAUUUUGGUUACAUACUGUUGCUUUUACUUACCCGACGUACGAACCGCUGAGCCCCACCCCCAACGUAACACCUACUACUCCGUCUUCCACACGAACGGCUCUAACCGGUCCUCCACCUCGAGCAGAUUGUUCAGAUACU